UUUGCUGUGGGUGUGAUCGGUGUAAUGGGUGUGGCUGGUGUGACCGGUGUAACAAGUGUGACGGGUGUAACUGGUGUGACCUUUGUAGCAGGUGUGACCGGUGUAACGGGUGUGGCUGGUGAGACCGGUGUGAGGGUUGUAGCGGGUGUGACCAGUGUAGCGAGUGUGACCGGUGUGACCGGUGAAGCGAGUGUAAUGGGUGUAGCUGGUGUGACCGGUGUAACUGGUGUGGCCGGUGUAACAAGUGUGACGGGUGUAACAGGUGUGGCUGGUCUAACAAGUGUGAUGGGUGUGGCCGGUGUGACGGGUGUGGCCGGUUUAACAGGUGUGACCGGUGUAACGGGUGUGACCGGUGUAACGGUUGUGGGUGGUGUGACCUGUGUAACGGGUGUGACCGGUGUGGAGGGUGUGACCAGUGUAAGAGGUGUGACCAGUGUUACAAGUGUGACGGGUGUGGCCGGUUUAACGGGUGUGAUGGGUGUGGCCGAUGUUACAAGUGUGACAGGUGUGACCGGUGUAACGGGUGUAAUGGGUGUGGCCGAUGUAGCAGGUGUGACCGGUGUAAUGGGUGUGGCCUGUGUGACCAGUGUAACAGGUGUGGCUGGUGUAACGGGUGUGGCCAGUGUAACGGGUGUGGCCGGUGUAACGGGUGUGACUGGUGUGGCGGGUGUGACCGGUGUAAUGGGUAAAGCUGGUGUGACCGGUGUAACAGGUGUGGCCGGUGUAACAGGUGUGGCUGGUGUAACAAGUGUGAUGGGUGUGGCCGGUGUAACGGGUGUGACCGGUGUAACGGGUGUGUGUGGUGUGACCUGUGUGACCGGUGUGGAGGGUGUGACCAGUGUUACAAGUGUGACAGGUUUGGCCGGUGUAACGGGUGUGAUGGGUGUGGCCGGUGUAACAAGUGUGACAGGUGUGGCCAGUAAAACAAGUGUGGCCGGUGUAACGGGUGUGAUGGGUGUGUCCGGUGUAACAAGUGUGACAGGUGUGACCGGUGUGAUGGGUGUGGCCGGUGUAGAAGGUGUGACCGGUGUAAUGGGUGUGGCCUGUGUGGCCGGUGUAACGGGUGUGGCCGGUGUAACAGGUGUAACGGGUGUGACUGGUGUGAACGGUGUAAUGCAUGUGGGUGGUGUGACCGGUGUAACGGGUGUGACUACAGUUUGUAAGGCUGCAGUAGAGGUCUUUACAUCUGAUCCUGGUCCUGCAGAUGAAGUAGUAGUAGAGAUGUUGAGCAUUGAUGCCUCUGUAGUUAGAGACUCAGGAACAUCUGCUGCAGCAUAUGUUGUUUUGAAGAUGGUAUUUGACCCUGAAUUAAAAUUCGUAUCCAAUGUUAGUUCAGCAUUAUUAGCAGGAAUGCUAAUAUUUUUAGGUAUCAAUGUGAGUUUUGUUAGCAGUGCAGUGAUUCCUGCGGUGGAAGAGAUCACUGCUUGUGAGGUUGAUAUAUCUACUGCUGAGGUUGUUUCCAUUGUGGCAGGAGAAGCUUUUGCCCCUGGAGUAGUUGCUGCAGGGAUAAAACCGGACAAGGGGGUAUCUGCUAGAGGACAUGGUGUUGGUGUGGUAAAUGCUGCAGGGGUUGUAACAGCUGGUGAAGCGGAGAUGGUUGUUGCAACUACAUCAUUGCUGUGAGUGGAGUUGCUUGGUGUUGCUGAGGUGGUCAUUUCAGGAAGUGAUGUUUGUGUGAAUGUUAUUGCCAUUGUGCUGCUUUGUGUGCCUGCAGUAGGUGUAGAAUGUGUGAAAGUUUCAGCUGUGGUUGUUUCUGGUGUGUUUUUAAA